AUGACAGGUCGCAGGCGGGUCACUGUCAGCAGCCCCGACAACCACAGGCCACUAGACUAUUGGGAAGACGAAAAUCAUUGGCGUGAGGAGAACACACCCUUCCGCGGCAACGAUUGGCUCCUGCAGGAUUCUCUCAAAAUUGGAGGCAAUGCUAAUACCCCUGGCCCGUGGAGGCAAAACUCAUCUCGAGCAGGGCUGGUCCUUGCACCUGGAGCCGCACGGGUUCACGAUCCCGGCCGCAUGCAGUGCGAGGAUGAACAGAUUUAG